AGUGAUUCCAAAAUUGUCCCAUGCCUUUUUAAUUUCUGGCAUAUUUUGGAGUCACAGUAAAAUUUCAUAAAUAAAUACCCCAAAAUAUAUUUAAGAAUCGAAGAUCUGCGAGAUGAUGAUGAUGGUGGCGGUGGAGAUACUGACGGGGCGGUGGUUCAAUGUCCGGCUGGGAGACGGCGCCACCGUGUUGGACUUGAAGAAGGAGAUCUGCGUCCAAGAUAAGCAGCUUCCGCGGGACAGAUUGGUGUUGGUGAUGGACGGCGGCGGCGAGGAGCAGUGUUUGAUGUCCGACGAUGGGGCUCUACUGGCGGAUUACGGCGUCGGAGAUGGGUCCCAUGUCUAUCUCUUCUUCACCCUUCCGCCUUCUGCAACUUCCCAUUGCUGAGGAUAUUAUUAUACGGAGUAUUUAUUAAUGGAAACCUCUUCUUCAUCUUCAACCACUAACUCACACAGAUACAGUUGUUUUAUAGGUCGGCCUAUUUUUAUUGAGUUUUGAUCUAUUAUUAUUCUCAAGAAAGAAUUCAUGCUCAUUAAGGAGUACUAAUAUCAUAGACUAAAAUAAUACAGAGUUAAUAUGUUUUUUAGCACAGAAAUAAGACUAUGUGUUAUGG